UCUGCCAGGCAUCUCCUUGCGCGGCUCAGUCGCAGAUGCAGGCGCCAUAAAACCUUUCUCAGUUUUCUUCUUUUCCGACUUCUCCUCGAAGCCCUAACAAUGGCAACCCCAGUUCCUCCCAAACCAUGGAAAGCGGAGUACGCAAAGUCUGGAAGAUCUUCCUGCAAGACCUGCAAGAAUGCUAUUAAUAAGGACCAUCUCAGGCUUGGCAAGAUGGUUGUGGCCACUCAGUUUGACGGAUUCAUGCCUCUGUGGCAUCAUGUUGGAUGCAUCUUAAAGAAAGCGAAUGAAAUCAAAGAAAUUGAUGACAUCGAAGGUUUAGACUUGCUUCGGUGGGAGGAUCAACAAAAACUACGAAAAUAUGUGGAGGGUUUAACCUCAGCUACACCCAGUGCUAAGGAUGUUGAAAGCAUUAUUGAAGUGUCGCGAACUUCUCGUGCUGCCUGCAAACGUUGCAGCGAGAAGAUUAUGAAAGGAAUGGUCCGCAUUUCAACGAAGCCUGAAGGUCAGGGAUCCAAAGGUAUCGCUUGGCAUCAUGUUAACUGUUUCAGGGAGUUAUUUCCAUCAGUCGAUAUAGAGAAAGUGUCUGGCUGGGACAACUUACCUUUGCAAGAUAAAGAAACUCUGUCAACAGUAUCUAAGAAGGAUGCAAGUACUGCUAGAAGAGCGCAACGUACAAAAGAGGAAGUUUUGCAACAUGAAAAUUCAAGGGAAAACAAGCGCAGGAAAGUUGGUGAUCAGAAGAUUUCAAAACAUUCUGUAUCUGAUGGAAAUGAAACAAGUGGCGCUAAUAAGGAUCUUGAAAGAAAACUGGAAGAGCAAAACAAGAAUUUGUGGGCUAUUAAAGAUGAGCUUAAGAAGCAGGUUACCACUUCGGAGCUACGUGAAAUGCUUGAACUUAACGAACAAGAUUCAGCAGGGUCGGAACAUGAUCUACGAGAGCGUUGUGCCGACGGAAUGCUAUUUGGAGCGCUUGAGAAAUGCCCAUUAUGCUCUGGUUCUCUGCAUUAUUCUGGAGGCCAAUAUCGCUGCCAUGGCUAUGUGUCGGCUGAACCUGUGCGCCGGAAGUUGAAGUGGAAAAUUCCGGAAGGCACGAGUAAUAAGUACCUUUUAAAGUGGUUUAAGUCACAAAAGACUAAAAAGCCCAACAGAGUACUACCUCCUAAAUCAUCUUCUAAUCAUCCUGGUAACAUAUCUAGUGGCAAGCAGUCCCAACCGUCUACUAGUGAAAAAUUGGAGGAUUUGAAAGUUGCUUUAAUUGGAGAAAUUGGGAAGGAAAUGGACGAUUUGAAGCAAAAGCUUGAAGAUUUUGGAGGAAAGGUUCAUGCAAAGAUUAACGAAGAUACUAGCUGCUUGAUUGCAUGUGGAGAGGUGCAAGUUUCGGACUCCGAAAUUAAGAAAGCCAAGAAGUUGAAAGUUCCAAUUGUGAGGGAGAAUUACCUUGGCGAAUGUAUCGAGAAACAAAAGAAGCUUCCUUUUGAAUUAUAUAAACUGGAAAUUUCCGGUGAGAACAUGCGUGGAAUGGUCACCGUAAAAGUGAAGGGGCGCAGUGCCGUACAUGAGGCUUCUGGCCUGCAAAAUUCAGGUCAUAUUCUUGAUGACGGCAAAAGCAUCUAUAACACAACUUUGAAUAUGUCGGACCUAUCGACUGGUAUCAAUAGCUAUUACAUACUUCAGGUCAUUCAAGAGGACAGAGGGUCUAAUUGUUAUGUAUUCCGAAAAUGGGGAAGGGUUGGAAAUGAUAAAAUUGGUGGGAGUAAAUUGUCAGACUUGUCAAAGUCUCAAUGCAUUUUGGAAUUUAAACGUCUGUUUCUUGAAAAAACUGGAAGCUCUUGGGAGGCGUGGGAGCAAGGGAGGUUUGAGAAACAACCUGGAAAAUUUUGUCCUCUUGACAUUGAUUAUGGAGUUAAACCAGCAUUAAAAAACAAAGAGCCUAAGAGCACGAAGAGCAAUCUUGAUCCUCAAUUACAAGGCCUGAUGAAGAUGCUUUUCAAUGUUGAGACAUACAGGGCUGCUAUGCUGGAGUUUCAAAUCGACAUGACAGAAAUGCCCCUGGGAAAGCUCAGUAAGAAGAACAUUCAGAAGGGUUUUGAAGCCUUAACAGAGAUACAAAAUUUAUUAAAUAAUAGCAAUCGACAUGAACCAGCUGUUAGAGAAAGCUUGAUUGUUGAUGCCAGCAAUCGUUUCUUCACUCUUAUCCCCUCCAUCCACCCUCAUGUUAUAAGAGACGAAGAUGAGUUCAAGGCAAAGGUAAAAAUGCUGGAGGCUCUUCAGGACAUAGAAAUAGCUUCCAGGCUAGUUGGUUUUGGUGAAGAAAAUGAUGAGACACUGGACGAGAAAUACAUGAAGCUUCAAUGUGAAAUUUCUCCAUUGCCCCAUGAUAGUGAAGAUUUUCAGAUGGUUAAGAACUAUCUUCUUAAUACCCAUGCUCCUACACAUCAGUACUGGAGCCUUGAAUUGGAGGAGGUUUUUGCUCUGCAGAGGGAGGGAGAGUUUGACAAAUAUGCACCAUAUAGAGAUAAACUGAAGAAUAAAAUGCUCUUAUGGCAUGGUUCUCGACUGACAAACUUUGUUGGCAUUCUCAGCCAAGGAUUGAGAAUAGCUCCUCCCGAAGCUCCGGUGACCGGAUACAUGUUUGGAAAAGGAGUUUACUUUGCUGAUCUUGUGAGCAAGAGUGCACAGUAUUGUUAUGUUGACAAGAAGGAUCCAAUUGGACUAAUGCUGCUCAGUGAGGUUGCUCUGGGAGAGAUGUAUGAGCUCAAGGAAGCUAAGUUCAUAGAAAAGCCACCAAAAGGAAAGCAUUCAACAAAAGGACUGGGAAAGACUGUUCCUCUGGAGUCAGAAUUUGUCAAGUGGAGAGAUGUCACUGUCCCUUGUGGGAAGCCAGUGCCCUCUUCGGUUCGAGCAUCAGAGCUCAUGUAUAACGAGUACAUCGUCUAUGAUACUGCACAGAUAAAGAUGCAGUUCCUGUUGAAGGUGAGAUUUCAACACAAAUGGUGAAGGAAAUAUGGUGAGUUAAAAAUGUUUUUGGUUGUAAUUUUUUGAGGAAUUAUGGGGGAUAUAAGAUGCAAUAUUCAAUUUUUAUUUGACACUCAACAGAGCCAUCUUUACUUGGGUGGUUGCGAGUUUUGGCCUCCCCCAUACUAUCCUAUGUACGAGUUUGUUUUGUGAUCCUCUUGUUACCGUAAAAGUAAUCAUUAUGUUUCAUAAUUAUAUGAUAAACUCUAAAUAAUAUUGCACACUUGUUAGGAAAAUCUUUGUAUCAUCUUUUU